AUGGAGGAGACUAGCAAACCCACAAUUCUCGUCACAAACGAUGAUGGAAUCGACGCGCCUGGUCUGAGAGCUUUGGUUGAAGUUCUCGUUGCCACCAAUCGUUACAAUGUUCAAGUAGCGGCCCCUGAUAGUGAGAAGUCAGUUGUAAGUCAUAGUAUGACUUGGCGUCUCCCUGUUACUGCCAAGCAAGUACACAUUGAUGGAGCCACAGCCUUUGCAAUCUCUGGGACUCCAGCUGAUUGUACUUCCCUGGGAAUUUCCAAAGAUCUUUUUCCAACAGUGGCUGAUCUGGUAGUUAGUGGUAUAAACAAGGGUAGCAACUGCGGUUAUCACAUUGUUUCCUCAGGCACUGUGGCUGGAGCUCGAGAGGCUUUUUUCAAUAAUAUACCUUCCAUUUCCAUCUCAUAUGAUUGGGUUGAAGGAAAGAGUGACCCACAUGACUUCACCCUUUCAGCUCAAGAGUGCUUGCCUAUCAUAAGUGCUGUAUUGGUUGAGAUAAAGAAUCGAAAAUAUCAUCAAGGAUGCUUUUUAAACGUAGAAGUGCCAACAAAUGUUGCUAGUCAUAAGGGCUACAAGCUGACUAAGCAGGGCCAAAGCCGGAUCAAGAUGGGAUGGCGGCAAGUCACCUCUGAGAUGACCAUGGACAUAGAGACAGCAGGACCUACAGAAGCGCACUCAUCAUCAGGAUCACCUGGACUUCUUGUAUUCAAGAGAGAAAAAAGAGGGCCCCAAUGUGAUGCCAACGAUAAUGAUUACAAAUUUUUGCAAGAAGGAUAUAUUACUGUUACUCCUCUGGCUGGUCUGGCUAAUGUGGAGGGAGAUUGCCAUUCCUAUUUUAAGGAUAUGUUACUAGAGGUCUCUGAACACUCCUCUCCGGCAGUAAUAUGA